UUUUAUCCUCUCCUAGUCCUUUUGCUGGACCUCACAGUCACGAGUGAAAUGGACGUUUGAAGCGCCACGUUUUCACUAGGCAAAUAUGGUAUGUGCACGUCCUACUCCAGUUUGGCGUGGAAAUCGUGACUUAUUAUUCACUUACUUAGACCAGCUGCUGCUUGCUUCCUCAAACCAUUCUCACACUCAUUAUUGCUUCCAUCUAAAACCACACAAUUUACUCCUUUUUUUUUACAUAAUUCUUUGCAUUAUCAGCUGUUUUUGAACAAAUUAUACUCCCAAAGAAUCCUCCAAAGAAUAUGCUCUCUGUUGGUCAACAAACCGUGAGGAUAUUUUCAACAGUAGUUGAAAUGUUGUGCAGGCACAAAGUAAACGAUGCCGUUUUGAACACUUCCUCGAACAUGACACGUCACCGUAUUAAAAAAGAGAGAAGGAAAGUAAAGAUAUCCUCAUGGGCUGUCGUUACAGGAGAGGAAUCGGGACUCUGAACUACGCAAUAAAUUAUUUAAAAAUCAAUCUCCAUUUAUUGAUAAUUCUAUUAAUUAUUGUCAUUAUUGUUUAAAUUUUGCUUUCGUUUGCUACUGUGAUCGCGACUGGUUAACGGAUCUUGAUCGCUGCAAACAAAUUUGUUAGAAGUCGUCGUCCCCACACACAUAACACAAAGCUGCACUUCACUCUACAGCAGAUCGAAUUACGAAGUCACACUUCUUGAUUAGCUUCAGUUUGAUGCAAUUAUGGCGCCAAUUUGAGCGUGGCUGAUUUGUGAAUCAGCUCAUCGAAAUGGGUCAAUAAUAAGUGAGGGGCGAGGGUAAAUUUGAAAAUAUGUCUUCUUCUCUUAAUAACUGGAGGAGAUUCCAAUUUUGUUGUUAAUACAGUUGGUAAAUUUUGGAUAAGAAACACCAAAAGUUAAGCUUUUAAGUUGUAAUAAUUGGAUGUGAACUGGAAAAUUGAUGGGUUUGUUCCCAAAAUUGUAGGCUAUGGCAACUCCUGUUGAACCUCCUAAUGGGGUUAGAAUUCAUGGGAAGCAUUACUAUUCAAUGUGGCAAACCUUGUUUGAAAUCGACACAAAAUAUGUGCCAAUUAAGCCUAUUGGCCGCGGCGCUUAUGGAAUUGUGUGUUCUUCUCUGAAUCGAGAAACUAAUGAUAAAGUAGCAAUUAAAAAGAUACAUAAUGCGUUUGAGAAUCGUGUUGAUGCGUUGAGAACUUUGCGUGAGUUGAAGCUUCUUCGGCAUCUUCGACAUGAUAAUGUUAUUCAAUUGAAGGAUGUUAUGAUGCCUAUCCAUAGGAGAAGUUUUAAGGAUGUGUAUCUUGUUUAUGAGCUCAUGGAUACGGAUCUGCAUCAAAUUAUUAAGUCAUCGCAGUCUCUUAGUAAUGAUCACUGCCAGUACUUCCUAUUCCAGUUACUACGUGGUCUGAAAUAUCUUCACUCAGCCAACAUUCUCCACCGUGACUUGAAGCCUGGGAAUCUCCUUAUCAAUGCAAAUUGUGAUUUAAAGAUUUGCGAUUUUGGACUUGCACGUACAGGCAAUGACAAGGGCCAAUUCAUGACCGAGUAUGUAGUUACUCGCUGGUAUCGAGCUCCAGAACUGCUUCUGUGCUGUGAUAACUAUGGGACAUCCAUUGAUGUUUGGUCCGUUGGAUGUAUCUUUGCAGAGCUUCUUGGCCGGAAACCUAUCUUCCCCGGCACAGAGUGUCUCAACCAGCUUAAACUCAUUGUUAACAUCCUUGGAAGUCAGAGGGAGGAGGAUCUUGAAUUUAUUGACAACCCUAAGGCCAAGAAAUACAUCAAGUCCCUUCCAUAUUCUCCCGGGGCUCCCUUUUCUCGUCUUUACUCCAAUGCUCAUCCCUUGGCAAUUGAUCUACUUGAGAAAAUGCUUAUUUUUGAUCCAUCAAAGAGAAUAACCGUUACUGAAGCGCUCCAACACCCUUAUAUGUCGCCACUCUAUGAUCCUAGCAGCAAUCCUCCAGCCCAGGUCCCACUUGAUCUCGACAUAGAUGAGGAUCUAGGGGAAGAGAUGAUACGGGAGAUGAUGUGGAAAGAGAUCCUUCAUUACCAUCCUGAAGCAGCUACAGCCAACGGGCUGAUCUGUGCUUGAAAAUGUUUCUUGGUGAAACUAUUUAUAGUCUUUUUAUUAAUGCUCUGUUGUUGUACCGGUUCUUAAUAAUCUCAACGAUUCAUGCACCAGUCGGGUGUGUUGUCAAUGCAUGAAUCGGCUAACUUUGGUUUAAGGAGCUUGGACCCUGAAAACUUCAUGAGCUCUUUCAGUUGUAUAUAGGUGUGCCUUUGUAAGACUUUUUGGAAAAAUUCUGUUGUAUAUUAGACAAUCUAGAUGUAAUUUAUAUGCUUUACUUGCAUGAAGAGAAUUUUUUUCCU